AACAGCCUUACUUAUAAACGUGAAUUAAAUAUAAGUAAUACUUAAGGGCUGCUUAAGAAAAUUCUUACUUAUAAACGUUGCUUAAGCAUGUCUUAACCAACAUUUAAUCAAUGCUUAAGACUUUAAGUAAAACGUUUCCUAGAAGGUGAUUAGAGAUUUUAUAAGUAAGGGGGCAAAUGAUAAGAAAACCGUCAUUUGCCUUGAACAUUAUUUCAUCUAAGUACCGAUAUCAAGUUCUUACAGUAAGUAAGACAAAACCGGACAAGUGCUAGUCGGAUUCGCGCACGAUGAAAACGACACGCCCAAAAAAUGUAUUCCGCUGUACUUAUGCAGGGGGCACCCUGGAAAUAAUGGGAACUGUAAAUCAGGCGGCUAUAAGGCUUGAGCGCCUCUCAUCGCAAGCACAAGACCAGACUCACCGAGCGCACAAAAGUCUACCUAUAUCAAAAUCGGUAGCCUUAUUUAGUCGCAUGGAAAACCAGAAACCUAAUUUUCGGAUCGGAUGAAUGCACGACCUUUUUAUUUUAAGGGCCACCAUAGGCAUAGGGGUCACCAUUAACUUUGGCCCGAACUUUAGACGCAUGGUUUGUAAAAGAAAGCUUAGCAUAGAAAUCGCACGUCUGUCCGAUAAAAUAUUGCAUGGAAGUACAGUUGCAAAAGUUCCUUCUACCUGCCUACUGUUUAGUUCAGACUGUUUGAAAAGAGUUGGUUUGUUUUGAACGCCAACAGCACCGCGAGUGUGUAGACGCUAUCACGUCAUAUGAAAAAGAUUCAGGAAGCAAUUAUAAUGUCGUGUUAAAGUGGCCUAAGCACGUGUGAAGACAUAGUACCUAAAGCCAACGAAAUUCGAAAAAUAACGGUUACUGGAAAUGUUCAAUAAAUAUCUACCUCUAACGGUGUAACCGGUUUCACCCUAAUAUCUAUAUCGACGGCCAGUAACAAAUGACCAAGGAAAUUAUUAUGAAGAACUUCUUGGUGAGUAAUAACAACUUCUUAGUACACUAUGACAGACCACGUCUGACUUUCUGAUUUUAGAGUUUGAAGCAGAUGACAGCUGACUGUCUUCUGUAGUUUCAAUGCCAUGUAACGAAUGAAAUUUUUGUAUAAUUUAUUAUAAAAAAAAUAUAAAAUUCCACAAAAAUGUCUUCUAAACUAUACAAAGCUAUUAUAACGUUCGCAGAAAAGUUUGUUCCUAACGCCCUCCGGCCCUUGUGGGAACAUCCAGCUGGUCCUAAAACAAUUUUCUUCUGGGCGCCCUUCGGAAAAUGGGGUUUGGUGAUUGCUGGCUUCGGAGACAUAAACCGUCCUGUGGAGAAAUUGUCUGUGCGGCAAUGCGGGUCCCUGGCUCUCACCGGCACUCUAUGGGCGCGAUGGUCGCUCAUUAUCAUCCCAAAAAAUUACAGCCUCUUCUUUGCUAAUUGUUUCGUUGCUGUAACAGGCUUUUACCAACUUUCGAGGAUAUACUUGUACGAAAGGCGGCUCGAAGAAGAAAAGAAAUUGAAAGAAAAAGAGAAAAAGUAAUCAUCAUAAACAUCAGUUCGAUUCUAUGAAAAAUUCUUGCCCCCCAUUUGUAAUCGUUAUUAUUGUAAAUUGUAGCAUUGGCACUCUAUAGAUGAUUGUCUUCCAAAUGAAUUAGCUUCUUACGCUACCGAUAAGCUUUCGAAUCAAAUCUCCCUCAUCAUGGCCCGAGGCCUUCAUGUUGCAAAUGUCUUUCUGCUGUUCUUAUGCAGGCCAAAGUAAAACAGUAAGAAACAUGACGAAAGUCUAAAAGUAAAAUGUUCUAAGGGAUUCUAAAAUGUUCUCCGAAAACAGAAGAUACGUCGGAGUAAAACAAUUUUGGAGAAAAAUGUCCCAGUAGAAUUUAAAUACCUACUUGUUAAAAAAAUAUAUGUCCAUGUUAGUUAUUGAUGAGAAUAACUAGAAUGGAGUUAACGUGGUUGAAUAAUCGGAUUCGUAUUUAAAUUUGUAAAAACCUGUGUUAUAGGCGGUGAGAUGAAUAUUUGGCUGAAUUAGGUACAAUGGUUCAUGAGAAUGUAGCGGAGGUUUGGAGACUAUUUCCGCGCGCUAUCAAGUGAUUCUUUAUUAAAUUGUAGUUCUUCAUUGAAACGUGAUCAUGUUUUGUACAGUACAUGGCAUUGAUAUUAAACUUUUUUUUCGCA